AUGGACUUCAAUUUCAAGAAGAUUGCAAGUGAUGCUAGCGGUUUUUUCAGUCGAGCUAAACAGUAUACAGAAGAAACUUUUCUGAAGGCAGAAAAAACUGAACUUGAUGCGCAUUUUGAAAACCUUUUACAACGAGCAGACAAAACUGAGGAACAUACCAAACGGUUACUAUCAUGUUUGGAAAGUUACCUACAACCAAAUCCAACCAUACGAAUGGAAGAAGUUUUUUAUGAAAAACUGGAUUUACGUAAGGAAGGAAAUAGGUUAAGCAACCUGGAACACUUGGGUCAAGCAAUGAGUGAUGCAGGACAUGAAUUUGGCGCAGGAACUCCUUAUGGCAAUGCUUUAAUCAAGAUUGCGGAAGUUGAAUAUAAAAUCGGGGCUGGAGAAAGAGAUUUUGUUCGAAAUUGUGCUCACAAUACUUUGUUGCCCAUCCGCCGCUUUCUUGAGGGUGAUAUGAAGACGAUACAGCGAGAAAGGAAAGUCUUGAAUACAAAACGCCUUGACUUGGAUGCUGCUAAAAGCAGGUUGAGGAAAGCAAAAACUUUGGAGUCACAGAGCAAUGUAAGACCAAAAGAACUAACGCCGCCAGCGAAUGCGUCUGUCACUAUAGAACAGGCUGAAGCCGACUUGCGUAUUGCUCAAGCAGAGUUCGACAAACAAGCGGAAAUCACGAAAUUGUUGCUUGAAGGCAUACAAACUGCACAUAAUAAUCAACUAAGGUGUCUACGCGAUUUUGUUGAAGCUCAAAUGUCCUUCUAUGCACAAGCACAUCUUCAUAUGGCAGAUUUACAGAGGGAAUUAUUUGGGACAUUAUCUGGUGAUACCGGGAUUGGUAUGUAUGGUGGCCGAAAUGCAGAAACUUUCCCUUCUGUCAAUCGUUCUGGUCAGAAGGAAGUGGUUUCAGGGCAGAAAGAUGGGAAUAACAUAUCAUAG